AUGGAUUGCACCUCCAUCUCCACAUUCCUCCUAGUUCUCAUCACCAUCACAACAUGUCACCAAGCUCAUGCUCAAGAAGCACCACAAGCUGCACCUGGACCCUCAACUUCAACCUCCGCUUCAGCUACAGGUCCAACAAUGACCAAGCCAGAGCUCCUAGCCAAAGCAUGCGACAACACACCGCUCACAAAGGACCUCUGCAGGUCGUUCCUCGCCUCAUUCCCUGAAUCCGAGGUGAAAGAUAUCCACGCGCUGGCCAAAUUCGCGAUCAAGAUGACGUCCCUGAAUGCGAGCAAGACCCACGAUCAGAUUGAGACCAUGGAGCAUAAUCCGGCCACGGACGACGUGACCAAGCAGCGCCUAAACGAUUGCGCUGAGAACUACCAGGACGCCAUUGACCAGCUGGAGGACUCUAUGCCUGCUCUGGAUUCAAAGGUGUACGACGAUGUGAUCACGUUCAUUACCGCCGCGGUGCAGGAUGUGGAGUCGUGCGAGGAUGGGUUCAAGGAGCCUCCUGCGGUUAAGUCGCCAAUGACAGAGACCAAUGAAGUGUUCACCCAAUUGUGCAAUAUUUGCCUGUCAAUCACCAACAUGUGUGGCAAAUAG